UUAAUAUUCAGAAAUCUGAAUUUCAUCCCUCUCCUGAGUCUUCCUCCUCUCAUCUCGCCCCUGUUUCAUCUCUGAUAAAUUUCAAGUCUCUCAAUCCGACCCGAAGAAAAUGGGCGUCCCGGAAGCUGACCUGCUUUCCCAGCUGAGCCUGCCGCCGGGGUUUCGGUUCUACCCGACCGACGAGGAGCUUCUGGUGCAGUAUCUAUGCCGGAAGGUUGCUGGGUACCAAUUCAAUCUACAGAUUAUUGCUGAAAUUGAUCUCUACAAGUUCGACCCAUGGGUUCUACCAAGCAAAGCCAUAUUUGGAGAGAAAGAAUGGUACUUUUUCAGUCCAAGAGACAGGAAGUACCCAAAUGGGUCGAGGCCCAAUCGGGUGGCCGGGUCCGGGUACUGGAAGGCCACCGGUACUGAUAAGGUGAUCACAACUGAAGGUAGGAAAGUGGGGAUCAAGAAAGCGCUUGUGUUUUAUGUCGGUAAAGCUCCCAAGGGAACCAAGACCAAUUGGAUUAUGCACGAGUACCGCCUCAUAGAGCCUUCACGCAAAAAUGGCAGCGCUAAGUUGGAUGAAUGGGUUCUGUGCCGUAUUUACAAGAAGAACUCCAGCGCCGCGAGCACACUACAGAAGCCGAUGGCGAUGUCGAACGUUUCAAGCAAAGAGCAGAGCUUCAACGGCUCAUCGUCUGAGUGCUCUUCCCAACUCGACGACGUGCUGGAAUGGCUGCCGGAGAUUGAGGACCGGUUCUUCACUCUGCCUAGAAUCAACUCCCUCAAAGCUAUACCCCAGGAGGACACCAAGCUCGAUCUCCAGAAUUUGGGUAAUCUCGGGUCAGGUAAUUUCGACUGGGCGAGCCUGGCUGGGCUGAAUCCGGUUCCGGAAGUUCCUCCUAGUACCCAAGCUCAAGGACAAGCACAAGUAAAUUACAACAAUGACGUAUGUCCCUUCGAUCCCGCCUCUAUGCCACGUGGAGUCGCCGCCGGAGAGAUGAGAAAGCAAGCAGAGGAGGAGGUGCAGAGUGGGCUGAGAACUCGGCGAGUAGAAAACUCGGGAUUGUUCCAGCAGAACUCGAACUACUUGACGCAAAACAUGUGUACCCCGAUUGACACCUACGGAUUGGGCACCCGUUUUGGGCUGGCCAGGCCGGGUUUCAGCUUCGACAGUCAAAAGUGAAAGUAGAAACCGCAAAAAGAAAAACAGAGUGAGAGUGAAAGUAGUGCUUAGGGAGUGUAUUCGGUAGGAGAAAAGAGGAGUGCAUUUGGUAAAUAAUUGGGAUUCUUUGGGUUUAGAUAUACAGAAGAGGAAAGUUCACCCUCUUCUUGUUUUGCUGGGUUUAGGCCAGAACUUUGGAGCACCAUCAAGGAAGGACUUUUGCACAAGUUAUUGCAGUCAAUUUAGAAUGUAAUUCCCAGUGGUCAAGAUUUAGCAACUUGGUCAUCCGUUUAGGGUGAUUCAUGAUGGCCUUAUCUUGUCUUUGAGGCAAUUAGAAAGAGCUUAAUGUAUGACCCAAGUUGAGAUGCUUAGAUCAUGUGAUCUUGUAAUAGAGGGGCUAUAUAACCGAGUUUCAUCAGGCUA